AUGGCGUUGGAAGAGAAGAGGAGCUUGGUUGGAAAGUUGUUCGAAAUCCAGGCCAUAAAAUUUGGCGAUUUUACCUUGAAGAGCGGCAUAAAGUCGCCUGUUUACAUUGACUUGCGUGUGAUAGUCUCGUAUCCUGAAGUUAUGAAGCAAAUAAGCGAUAUGCUAUGGCAAGUUGCUUUGGAAUCGAAGUCCGAUUUUUCGGUCAUUUGCGGUGUUCCUUACACCGCUUUACCAAUCGCUUCCUGCAUUUCUGUCAACCAUAACAUCCCAAUGGUGAUGAGAAGAAAGGAGGCAAAAUCGUAUGGAACGAAGCGGCUGAUAGAAGGAGUCUUCUCGCCUGGAAGCAAGUGCUUAGUAAUCGAAGACGUGGUUACCAGUGGCUCAAGUGUCAUGGAAACAGUUGAAGCACUUGCCUCAGCGGACCUCCAUGUCACAGAUGCUAUAGUGCUGUUAGAUCGCUUUCAAGGCGGCAAGGAAAUGCUCCAGUCGAAAGGAGUAAAGCUGCAUAGCCUUGUUACGCUUCCUGAAGUCCUUGAUGUUCUACACCUUAAAGUCAAAAUUGACCAAAACAUGACCCAAAAGGUACGGGAGUUUCUCUCAGCGAACAAGUUCACUCCCUCCAGUGCAAAAUCCACGCCACCCACAAGUAAAGGAAGUAAGCUUAGCUUUGAAGCCAGAGCGGGAAUCGCCUCUAACCGGUUCAGUAAGAGGUUAUUUAAGAUAAUGCACGAGAAGAAGUCGAACCUCGCAGUCUCGGUUGAUUUUACCAAUUGUGAAGAUGUCUUGAACUUGGUGGAUAAAGUAGGACCACAUGUGUGCAUUGUGAAGACACAUGUAGACAUUCUAGAAGAUUUCACACCAGAAUUUCCCAAAUCACUGAAAAAGUUAGCAGAAAAGCACAACUUUGUUAUUUUUGAAGAUAGAAAAUUUGCUGAUAUUGGAAACACUGUGAAGAAUCAGUACUGCAAAGGGGUAUAUCACAUUGUAGAGUGGGCAGACCUGAUCAAUGCACAUGUGGUCCCUGGAGAUGGUGUGAUAAAUGGGCUCAAAGAAAUUGGUGCACCUCUUGAUAGGGCAUGUCUAUUGAUUGGUGAGAUGAGUACAGCUGGAAGCCUAGCCACUGGAGAGUACACAAAAGCAGCAGUGGAAAUGGCCAAAACACACCAAAAAUUUGUCAUAGGAUUUAUCAGCCUGUCUUGUUUAGUUGAUGAUCCACAGUUUAUUCACAUGACCCCAGGAGUCCAGCUCAAUGCUGGACAGGAUUCACUUGGUCAGCAGUACCUCACACCUUCUGAUGUCAUCAUCAACAGGGGAAGUGACAUCAUUAUUGUUGGCCGAGGAAUCUAUCAGGCGCAAGAUCCUGUUAAGGCAGCUGUUGAUUUCAAACAGGCAGCAUUCAAUGCAUACAUGUCAAGGAUUGGAAACUGA